GACCAAACACAAAACUUGAGGCCCUCGUUAUCCCAUCACCCUCUCUAGAUAAAGCCCGAGUCCCCUUCUCAUCCCUCUCCAUUCCUCUCCAAUCCCUUCCACUCUCCCAUCUAUCAUACCCUAUCUCCUCAUUCUUCUUGUCCAUGGCCUCAAUGACUAUGCUAGGCGCGGCCCCAACCACCACCAAAGCCCUCUUCUCCUCCCCUUCCUCCCCCAAAAUCCCGAAAUCAUCUCAAGUCAAUUCCUCAAAUCUCCUAUCCUCCUCCCACUCCAUAGUCGGCUCCACUCUACCCCACACCUGCGAACACGGCAAGACUACCCUCACCGCCGCCCUCACCAUGGCCCUCGCCGCCUUGGGCAACAGCGCCCCCAAGAAGUACGACGAGAUUGACGCUGCACCGGAGGAGCGAGCCAGAGGUAUUACCAUCAACACCGCCACCGUCGAGUACGAGACGGAGAACCGACACUAUGCCCACGUCGACUGCCCUGGUCACGCUGAUUACGUCAAGAACAUGAUCACCGGCGCCGCCCAGAUGGACGGAGCUAUUCUGGUUGUUUCUGGCGCUGACGGUCCCAUGCCUCAGACCAAGGAGCAUAUCCUUCUUGCUAAGCAGGUUGGAGUCCCCAACAUGGUUGUUUUCUUGAACAAGCAGGAUCAGGUUGAUGACGAGGAGCUCCUUCAGCUCGUUGAGCUCGAGGUACGAGAGCUUCUAUCCUCGUAUGAAUUUCCUGGUGAUGAUGUGCCCAUUAUCUCCGGCUCUGCUCUCUUGGCUCUCGAAGCUCUGAUGAAGAAUCCGGCUAUUAAGCGAGGAGACGACCAAUGGGUUGACAAAAUCUACCAGUUGAUGGAUUCUGUUGACAGCUACAUUCCAAUUCCACAGAGACAGACUGAUCUCCCUUUUCUCUUGGCUAUUGAGGAUGUGUUUUCAAUCACGGGCCGUGGGACCGUCGCCACUGGUCGUGUGGAGAGAGGAACUGUCAAGGUUGGAGAAACCCUCGAAAUCGUCGGUCUCAGAGAGACACGAUCAACCACUGUGACAGGAGUGGAGAUGUUCCAGAAGAUUUUAGACGAAGCUUUGGCCGGAGACAAUGUUGGGUUGCUGCUCCGUGGCAUUCAGAAGGCGGAUAUUCAGAGGGGGAUGGUGCUUGCGAAGCCUGGUACUAUUACUCCCCACACUAAAUUUUCAGCCAUUGUUUAUGUGUUGAAGAAGGAGGAGGGUGGCCGACACUCGCCCUUCUUUGUUGGGUACAGGCCUCAGUUCUAUAUGAGAACUACCGAUGUGACUGGGAAAGUCGGUGCCAUUAUGAAUGAUAAGGAUGAGGAGGCGAAGAUGGUGAUGCCUGGAGACAGGGUGAAGAUGGUGGUGGAGCUUAUAAUGCCGGUUGCUUGUGAGCAGGGGAUGAGGUUUGCUAUCAGGGAGGGUGGAAAGACAGUCGGGGCGGGAGUUAUCCAGUCCAUCAUUGAGUAAUUGGAUAGGUUCCUAUUCCUUUCUUUCUGUCUGAUUAUCAGGGUUAGAGGAUUCUAUAAUCUUUUCUUGUGCUGUCAGCAGAUUGAGUUGAAACCAGGACUCCUGAUAAAAUCUGGUGUAGGGUGGUGAGUUGAUGCUGCUGAUGAAACAUACCUGGUCUUUGACUUACAGUGAGUGAAGAAGUCAAUUUGCACAAGACAGUGGGCGAUGAUAAUUUAUGAAUAUUCUUGAUAGAUCAGUGGUACUGUUGAGUUUCUUGACAGUGGGCGAUGAUAAUUUAUGAAUAUUCUUGAUAGAUCAGUGGUACUGUUGAGUUUCUUGUCAUGUCUUUCUCCCUUCUCAUUGAUGAAACAUGUUUUAGCAACAAGUUUCUUUCGUUGUUUCUUGGGGUAAAUGCACUUUUAUUGUUCCUUCAGGUUAGUUUCCAUCUUCCCUUUCCUAAAAAAGGCAAGCUUUGCUCAUUUAUACUGAUGAACAA